UUCUAAUAGAACUCAGCAGUCUCUCUUUCUCUCUCUCGCGCUCGUACUCACAUUACCCUAAUCCCGAGUCCUCUCACUCGCCUUCUCCCGUCCCGACGAUCGAUCCGAAGUGAGGGGCGAGCAAUUGGAGCCGCUAACCGGAAUUCUUGCCCUAGCCCUAGCCCUAGCGAUGGCGGCCCAGUCGGUGAACAACCUCUACGAGACGGCGUCGCAACCGGACACCAGCGGUGACGCUUACACCUUCCUCGAGUUCAACACCCAGGACGAGUUCGACGACUACCCGGCGUUCCGGGAGCUCUCCCAGCCGUCCCGAUCCACUGCCUGGCCUCCUCAUCUUCCCCCCGAGACUGCGCCUGACUCCCCCUCCGCCGAUCUGCAGAACCCCGACGCCGUCUCCUCUCCCUCCGCCACGGCUCCCGCCGCGGGCCCCUCGUCAUCCUCGAAGGCCAGGGGCGUCUCCGGCGGCAGCCAGGCGGCUGACGCGGUUGAUGCCCUUGAAGCCGGGAUGAGCGGGCUCAACUUCGACGAGACUGGGGAUGAGAAUUACGAGUUCGGAAAGGGGAAUUUCACAGAGCACGCCUGCCGAUAUUGUGGGGUGCAGAAUCCAGCGUGCGUUGUGAGGUGUAACAUUCCAACGUGUAGGAAGUGGUUCUGUAACUCGAGGGGUAACACCUCAGGGUCCCAUAUCGUCAAUCAUCUGGUUCGAGCAAAGCACAAGGAAGUUUGUCUUCACAAGGACAGUCCAUUAGGAGAGACAAUUCUUGAAUGCUACAAUUGUGGAUGCCGGAACGUUUUUCUCCUGGGAUUUAUAUCUGCUAAAACAGAAAGCGUUGUUGUUCUCUUGUGCAGAGAACCAUGUCUGAGCGUCAAUGCACUGAAGGAUAUGAAUUGGGAUCUCAGUCAAUGGUGUCCUCUUAUUGAUGAUAGGUGUUUCCUACCAUGGCUUGUUAAGGUCCCUUCAGAACAGGAACAAUUGAGAGCACGCCAAAUUAGUGCUCAGCAAAUUAACAAACUGGAAGAGCUUUGGAAGACAAACCCUGAUGCUUCUCUGGAAGAUCUUGAGAAGCCAGGAGUGGAUGAUGAACCACAACCUGUUUCAUUGAAGUAUGAAGAUGCAUAUCAGUACCAAAAUGUAUUUGCACCACUGAUUAAGCUUGAAGCUGAUUAUGAUAAGAUGAUGAAAGAGUCACAAAGUAAAGACAAUGUCAGUAUACGCUGGGAUAUCGGCCUUAAUAAAAAGCGCAUAGCCUAUUUUGUUUUUCCGAAGGAAGAUAAUGAACUAAGGCUUGUCCCGGGGGAUGAGCUGCGGCUCCGAUAUUCUGGUGAUGCAGCACAUCCUGCAUGGCAGUCUGUUGGACAUGUGAUUAAGCUGACUUCGCAAGAGGAGGUUGCACUUGAACUUCGUUCAGGCCAGGGAGUCCCUGUUGAUGUGAAUCAUGGUUUUAGUGUAGAUUUUGUGUGGAAAAGUACUAGCUUUGAUCGAAUGCAAGGAGCUAUGAAGACUUUUGCUGUAGAUGAAACAAGCGUCAGUGGAUACAUAUAUCAUCACCUUUUGGGCCAUGAAGUUGAACAACAAGUAGUACGAAAUACUCUACCUCGCCGCUUUGGCGCUCCUGGGCUUCCUGAACUUAAUGCAUCCCAAGUUUUUGCUGUUAAGAGUGUGCUUCAGAAACCAAUAAGUUUGAUACAGGGCCCACCUGGUACAGGAAAAACACACACUUCUGCAGCAAUUGUAUAUCACAUGGCUAAACAAGGACAAGGCCAGGUUCUAGUAUGUGCCCCAAGUAAUGUGGCUGUUGACCAAUUGGCUGAUAAGAUAAGCUCAACUGGUUUGAAGGUUGUCAGGCUUUGUGCUAAAUCAAGGGAAGCUGUCAUGUCUCCUGUUGAGCAUCUAACACUUCACUAUCAGGUUCGCCACCUUGAUACAUCUGAAAAGAGUGAACUUCAUAAGCUGCAGCAGUUAAAAGAUGAGCAAGGUGAAUUGUCAAGCAGUGAUGAAAAGAAAUUCAAGGCACUAAAACGAGCUACUGAAAGGGAGAUAUUGCAGAGUGCUGAUGUUAUUUGUUGCACAUGUGUUGGUGCUGGAGACCCCAGGCUUGAAAAUUUCCGAUUCCGCCAGGUUCUUAUUGAUGAGUCUACGCAGGCAACAGAGCCUGAGUGCCUUAUUCCAUUAGUUUUAGGUGUCAAACAGGUUGUACUUGUUGGAGAUCAUUGCCAGCUCGGUCCUGUCAUAAUGUGUAAAAAGGCAGCCCGUGCUGGGUUAGCACAGUCUCUCUUUGAGCGUCUUGUGCUUCUUGGAAACAAACCAUUUAGAUUGCAGGUCCAAUACAGAAUGCAUCCGUCCCUUUCUGAAUUUCCUUCUAAUAGCUUCUAUGAAGGCACCCUUCAGAAUGGUGUGACAAUUAAUGAGAGACAAUCAUCUGGCAUUGAUUUUCCUUGGCCUGUUCCCAACCGUCCUAUGUUCUUCUAUGUGCAGAUGGGACAAGAGGAAAUUAGUGCCAGUGGAACUUCGUAUCUUAACAGAACUGAAGCUGCAAAUGUUGAAAAAAUUGUCACUACUUUUUUAAGAAGUGGUGUUGUACCUAGUCAGAUAGGAGUUAUUACGCCAUAUGAGGGACAAAGGGCUUAUAUUGUAAAUUACAUGUCAAGGAAUGGUGCUCUUAGACAACAGCUCUACAAGGAAAUUGAGGUUGCAAGUGUUGACUCCUUUCAAGGCAGAGAGAAAGAUUACAUCAUUUUGUCUUGUGUGAGAAGCAAUGAACAUCAGGGUAUUGGAUUUCUUAAUGAUCCACGGAGAUUGAAUGUUGCACUAACUCGUGCUCGUUAUGGCAUUGUUAUACUUGGGAAUCCCAAGGUCCUAAGCAAACAGCCUCUUUGGAAUAGUUUGUUGACACACUACAAGGAGCAUGAAUGUCUCGUCGAAGGACCACUAAACAAUUUGAAGCAGAGUAUGGUACAGUUUCAAAAGCCAAAAAAGAUUUACAAUGGCAGACUUUUUUAUGGGGGUGGUCCUGGGAUUGUGCACACUGAUAACUCUGGUCCUGUCAGUUCAUCAGUCCCUCUCGGUGAUAAGAGAGGUGGACGCAGUAGAGGUCAUUCUUAUGUUCCAUUUGGCCCUCCAAAUGGUACUCAUAAAUCUGGCACACACCCAGCAGGAUAUCCGUUGCCCCGUGCUCCUCUUCCACCUUUCCCUGGAGGUCCCCAUUCUCAGCCAUAUGCAAUUCCAACUCGUGCCGUUCAUGGACCUAUCGGAGCUGUACCACAGGUCCCACAGCCUGGCAACAGGGGUUUUGGGCCUGGUCGUGGUAAUGCUGGUGGUCCUAUUGGGGGUCACCUGGCUCAUCAGCAAAGUUCCCAGCAACCUUUUGGUGGUAUUGGUUCUGUUUUUAACUUCCCCCAUCUGGACAAUCCAAACAGUCAGCCUUCUGUUGGAGCUCCAUCAUCACAAACUGGAUUAAUGACACAGAUGCCAGUUCAAGGUCUCAGUCAAACAUUUCGGGAUGGGCUUUCUAUUGGCGGCAUGUCUCAAGACUUUCCUGGUGACGACUUCAAAAGCCAAGGAUCACAUGUUGCUUAUAAUGUUGCUGAUUUCUCUAUGCAAGCUUCUCAAAGUGGUUAUAGCGUUGAUUAUGUCACUCAAGGACCUCAGGCUGCUUUCCCAGGAAGCUACCUAAACCAGAAUACUCAGCCAGGAUAUUCCCAGUUGGGUGCUGGGAAUGAAUUCAUGUUUCAGGAUUACGUGCCUCAUGGAUCACAAGGUUUGUUCACACAAGCAGGAUUCAAUGGUCCUUCACAAGAUGAAUCUUCUCAGAGCCAUUUCAGCAUGGCUGGAACUGGUUCUCUUCAAUCGCAGGGCCCCCUGAACCCUCUAUACUCACAACCGUUUGCCCAUUAUAAUGCUCAGCCUCAAAAUAUGCAGCCUCCGCAGCAGCAAAAUCAGAGUUCACCUAGCCAGAAACAUCACUUCAAUGGCUGAGCUGCAGUAGGUUUUGGAGAGUGAUGGGUUACAUUCUUUGCACCCAGCUACAGUGUUGUGCCGGGACAUGGCUUCAAACAUUCGUAUGACAGAGAACUGGUCCAGGUUUUUUGCUUCUCGCAAUCGCAUUUUGGUGCACUUGGUUAUAAGAUACUAUAAGAGGUCCAUGUGGAGAUUUCGAGAUGGCAAUCAUGCUGUGUGACACAGCCAGAGCUGAGGAAAAGGAUUACCCCACAUUUUCUUCAUGAAAAUUAUCUUAAGUGUUUCAAAAGGAAUCGACUGCGAGGAAACAUCUGCUUGCGAGGGGUCACAGCAAUUCUUGCUCGUGAAACAGUGCUGUUGAUGGUCAACCAUUGUGCAUACGCCUUCGUGCCCAGUGGCCCAGUGACAAGAGGCUUCUUUUUCAGGUUGUCUUCUGCAUGUUUGUGUCACAGGCAAGUUACAAUUUGCAUUAUGCGUAUCGUUGUUUAAAGACGACUCACCCUUUACCUGCAUUUUGCUUGCUCGGAUGUGGAUCAAACUCGUGUUUAUGCUCUGUAAUGGAACUGUCACAAAAAUAAAGUAUAGUGAUUGCAGAAGGCUUGCUGUUGCAGUUGAAAACAUAACCAUAAUUUAAAUAUGAGUUUGAUAUAUUUA